AUGCAGGAGCAGGGCGGCGAGCAGGGGAUCCAAAUCACCCUCGAGCGGGGCCAGGAUGGCAGGCUCAGAAUUUCAGGCCACGAGGUGAACAGGCUGGACGAGUUCGACGACGCGGGCAAGCGCCCCUCGGGCUCGGACGUCACGCGCGAGCAUGGCGGCGACACCGCGCCGAGCGGCGACAUGCCGGGGGCGGAGAAGCCCGCGGAGAAGUCGGCGUACGGGAGCGUGAAGGAGCGCAUCAACGCGCUGGGUCCGUUCGCGAUCAUCUCGCUGGCGUACCUGCUGUUCACGGUGACGGACGGGGCGAUCCGGACCAUCGUGUUGCUGCACGCGUACAACAAGGACUUCUCCGCGAUGGAGGUGGCGCUGAUGUUCACGCUGUACGAGACGGCGGGCGUGGCGACGAACCUGCUCGCGGGCGUCUGCGGGUCCCGCUGGGGCAUCAAGACCACGCUGCUGACGGGGCUGCUGCUGCAGCUCGGCGGGCUUGGGAUGCUGGCCGGGUGGCAGGACAGCUGGUCCAAGGGCGAGGCGAUCGUGUACGUGCUGUUCGCGCAGAUGCUGUCGGGCGUGGCCAAGGACCUGACCAAGCUCGGGGGGAAGACGGUGACCAAGCUGGUCACGCCCGAGGAGAAGCAGGCGCGGCUGUUCAAGCUCGUGUCCUUCAUCACGGGCUUCAAGAACUCCCUCAAGGGCCUCGGCUACUUCCUCGGCGCGGCCUUCCUCAUGUGGGACUACUUCGCGGCCCUGGCCUUCAACGCCGUCCUCAUCCUGCUCGCGCUGCCCUUCGCGGCGCUCGGGCUGAGCAACAAGCUCGGGCGCGCGCGGAGCAAGAGCCUCACGCUGACGGAGAUCUUCCGGAAGAACCGCAACGUCAACAUCCUGUCCGUCGCCCGCUUCUUCCUGUUUGGGUCGCGCGACCUGUGGUUCGAAGUGCCGCUGCCGUUCUUCCUCCGCGACGACGUGUUCGGCCUCGGAUGGAACAGGGCAGCGGUGGGUGCGUUCCUGGCGUGCUGGAUCAUCGGGUACGGACAGGUGCAGUCGUGGUCGCCGCAGCUACUGCUGAAGCCGCUCCGGCAGUACCCCGCCAACAAGUGGACAGCAACGCUGUGGGCCGCGGUCCUCGUGGCGUGUCCAUUCGCCAUGGGCGCCAUCGUCCAGUUUUCCGACGUGUUCCGGGACCAGGACCAGGGCGGGAUGGUCGCGGUGAUGGUCGUGGGGCUCGCGGCGUUCGCGGUGGUGUUCGCGGUGAACUCGUCGGUGCACUCGUACCUGAUCGUCAAGUACAGCGACGGCGACAAGGUCGCGAUGAACGUGGGCUUCUACUACAUGGCCAACGCCAUGGGGCGCCUGGUGGGGACGAUCGCGUCCGGGGCGCUGUACAGCUACGUCGGGGACACCCGCGAGGGGUUCGCGGCGUGCUUCUGGGCGUCGGUCGGCUUCGUCGUCCUCGCGUCGGUCCUGUGCGUGCCCAUCGCCGACGACCGCGGGGGGCUGCAGUGCGGCCCGUGCCUGACGUGCGUCGGCCACGCGGAGGGGGACCCGGAGCAGGGGGGCGCGGAAAACGGCGGCGGGGAGGAGGCGCCCGCGCAGCAGGCGAUGGCGAAGGUCUAG